CAGCCUCUAUCGGCUUUACGCGCCUUCGUAAUAAAUUGUAACAAGUAAUUGUACAAUUCUUGUAGUCCUCAAAGAAAAAGUAAUAAUUUUUCUGAAUUUAAACUUUUGAACUUUCAAUUCUUAGCUUUUUUGAAUUCAGAUCAAUUAAGAAUUUACCUCUAUAGUUAGAAAACUGUAAAGAUAAGUGAACCACGUGGAUUAUGAAAUCAAGCGUGUAUUAAAUACUUUGUAGAUGGAAAGUUUUGGUUAGAAUAAUAUUCAUAAUAUUUAAAAUAAAAUGGAAGAACCAACUAAAACUCCAUCAAAGAAAAAAUCUAAAUCCAGUUUGGUAAGCACUCCUACCUCCUCAAGGAAACUGAGCCAAAGAAAUGAUUCUGGAGAGACAAAAGAAGGCUUCAAUGAAGAUCAAGAAAAUUCUGGUCUUAAGAAAAUAAGAAGCACUUCAAAUUGCGAUGAAAACAUUUUAUCGAAAAUGCAUUCAUUUCCUUCUUCUAACUAUUCUACUCCUACACAAAGAAAUACUAGAGAAAAAACAAAAGUAAAUUACAAUGAAGACUUUAUAUCAGAGCGUAAUAUGCAACAAAUGGAAGAAAUGUAUCGCCCGGCCGAAGAAAAAAACAGAAAAAAAGAACAGUGUAGCGAAACACCUAAACGUUAUGAGCGUAAGAGAACUCAGAAAAGACCUAUAAAUGAAAAAUGUGUAGAAAAUUUAGACUAUACCACCAAUGAUGAAAAUGACUCUAGGCGCGUAACUAGAUCUGCCUCUGUUACAUCUAAACUUAGCAAAGAUGGGCUUUUUGGUUGUCAAACUCCAAAAAAAAAUGAAAGCAAAGAUACUAAUUCCUUGCAUUUACCUAUGAAAAAAUUACGCCUAGAUAAAUCACCAGUUCUGAAAGAAAUAAAGGAUAAUGAUCAAAAUUCUAGAACAAAUUCUGAAUACUCUGAAAGCUCUGAAAGCUCUGAAAGCUCUGAAGAAAGUUCAGAUGAAGAGUUUGACAAAAAGAAAAAAACUCGCAGAAGAAAUGUUUCAAAAACACCCUCGAGAAAAAAUAAAAUGCAACCAGAAACUCCAUCUAAAACAUUAGCUAAAAAAUUAUCUACAUUGGCCAUAACUCCUUCUGUUCAACGAAGAGUAUCUACUAUUAUUAAACCUUCUACUCCACUGCAAGAAGCAAGAUCCAAAUUGCAUGUCAGUGUUUUGCCAAAGUCUCUACCGUGUAGAGAAACAGAAUUUAAUGAUAUAUAUAGUUUCCUGCAUGCAAGAUUAUCUGAUGGUAGUGGAGGCUGUAUUUACAUCAGUGGUGUUCCUGGUACAGGAAAAACUGCUACAGUAAAUGAAGUUAUAAGAUGUUUAAAAAAAUCCAUGACGACAGGGAAAUUAGAUGACUUUAAUUUUGUAGAAAUCAAUGGUAUGAAAUUGUCCAAACCACAGCAAGCCUAUGUUCAUAUAUGGAAACAAUUGACAGGCAAUACCGCUACUUGGGAAGAAGCACAUAAACUACUUUAUAAUAUGUUUACUAAAUCGAAUUCAAAACGUUGCAUGACUCUACUUCUUGUAGAUGAGUUGGAUUUGUUGUGCACUAAACGACAAGAUGUUGUAUAUAAUCUUCUUGACUGGCCUAGUAAAACAAAUGCUAAAUUAGUUGUUGUUACUAUAGCAAAUACAAUGGAUCUACCUGAGCGAAUUUUAAUGGGCAAAGUAACUUCACGCUUGGGAUUAACAAGAUUAACUUUUCCUCCAUAUAAUUUUAAACAACUUGAAGAAAUCGUAAUUUCUAGAUUAAAAGGGCACAAUGAUGCUUUCAGUGGGGACACAGUGCAACUUGUUGCUCGUAAAGUCGCAGCUGUUUCUGGUGAUGCUCGUAGAGCUUUGGAUAUCUGUAGAAGAGCUACUGAAGUUGCUGAAUCAAACAACCGUGAAAAUGUCAAUAUGUCAGAUGUAAAGCGAGCACUGGAAGAAAUGAUUGCCAGUCCAAAAAUACAAGCUAUUAAACAUUGCUCUGAUUAUGAGAAACUUUUUCUUCAAGCUGUUUGUGCUGAAGUCAAUCGAACAGGAGUUGAAGAAGUUGUUUUUAACAAUGUUUAUGAUCAAUUUCGAACUUUAUGCACUUUCAAUGGAGAAAUCGUACCAAAUACUUCUGAAGCACUUUCAAUUUGUUCGAGAUUAGGUUCUUGGAGACUUUUAUUAUGUGAUCAUUCCAAAUUGGAUAUACAUCAAAGAUUGUUGUUAAACGUAUCCACUGAUGAUGUUCAGUUCGCCACAUCCAAUGCAGUGGCUUGACAUUAUAUUCUGAUAUGUCAACAACAAAAUGACUGAAUUAACAAUUAGAAUGUAAUAGAUAACCAGCUAAGGAAUUUUUUUUAAAAACUAGAAUUGUAUUUUAACUUAUUUUAGUACUGAUAUAAAUGUUGAUAGUAUUCAUUUAAAUUUUUACUGAAUUUUCUUUAAGUAUAUAUGAGAAUCGUAAAUGUUUUAAUUUGAAUGAUUUUUUGAUUGGAAUAUCACUUAUAGUUGUACAACUUGUUAAUUUGAUCAGAGUUGAAUUUUUUUCAUUUGCAAUAUUAAAAAGGCAAAAAAACUA